AGCAUGAGCACGUGAGCGGCGCUCAAAUCGGUUACAAAAGCGCAUGCUGGCAACAGAAUUCUCUUCUUUCGGCACCUGUUGAAUCGAGGAAGCAGCUGAUAAUCUCAAACAGAGCGGCAUUUAAAAUGGUUGAUAAUAGCAGUGACGUCUUUAGCCUUUUGAAGAAAGUCUGCAGUCUACAAGAAGAAAGAGCGUAUACCUACAAGUUAUUUGAAGAAGGCCACAAGAUCUACCUCAGCACAGCUCCAAACUAUGACUUCGCAACAUUCCGAGAACUUGUGUGUGAAGUGACGCAGGAGUUCAAGCGCAUCUCCGAAGGAGUGAUGGACAUCGAACGCAGGCUGCGUGUGGACUGUGGCUCCCAACACCUAGCCGGGUUUGUUGCCGCUCUGCAAGAGGAGGAGAAGGCGAAGCUCGAAUUGGUUGCGAGGCUGCAGCUAGCAAGACAAAACAUUCUUGACAAUCCUGAUCAACACGGAUACCAGGAUGACAUCAAAGACAUGAAACAGCGGUUAAAUAAGGUGGUAGAGAGGAUAAAUGAACACCUGGAAGAACUCAAGUACGAAAUGAAUGACUUGUGAAGAUCGUGACCAAGAAUGACUCGGAAGGACUGCAGGCACAAUGGUGGUACAUUCCUCCAAAAGGACUUUACCUUCUAGUGUGCAAUGAAUUUACCUUGAAUCUCUCACCCAUCUGAUCCCAAAUUACGUUUCUACAUUUCUCCGUCAUGAAGGAACAAGAAAUCCAUCCUGACAUUUUCUUUUGUUUGUUCCUUUCUUUUCUUGACACAUCAAGUAAAAUACUCUUGACUCGAAAAAGACGGGUUGUGCCGACUACGUCUCUUUUCCAGAACGGGGCACAAUUCUGAUAUGUGGGAGCAUUUUUUGACUUUGUGAAAACCUUGAGUGAUAUUGUGGAGUUUCUAUCUUGCAAUCUGUUUUGGUAACUGUUCCAAGAGCAUUUUUUUUUUUUGUUACUGCCAUAAAAUGUCUUUUUGUUGUGCAUUUGGCACAGCAAAAUUUUGAUGUGUAGAGUUGCGCGGGUUUGUUUCAAGAGCAGUUGGGCUUGGUGGGAAAUAAAAGAAGUCUUCGGUUGGAGGAUUUAAAUCGUUGCGUUUAACUGUGCGUCUGUUUUUGUUCUUCAGCUGUUCCUCUGAUCACAGGUGCCUUUUCUUUUUGCCAUAAUUUCAGUUGAUGUGAAGCUUGUAUGACAUCAAAAGCAAACUGAAAUAAAACAACAGUGCAACACA